AACCCGCUUGGGAUUGGAGAUGUCCUCCCGGCGACUGCGCUGGCUCCUGGAGAGGCCCCUCACCCGCUUAAUAAUUAAGAUUGUUGUAGUCAUCACUUACUAGUUCUUGCCUGACUUAGCCUAACCACGCUGAUCUACUCGAAAACUGAAAAUAAUCGAGUUACUCACUGACUGAAAUAAGGGAGGUAGCUUUGACAGGGCUACUCUUCCUUGUUCAGUAUCUCGCUUAUUUUCAGCAGUUGCUCGCUUAUUUCAGUUUUUCGAGUAGCCUUGUAGUCAUCUCUUACCUAACCUAACCUACCCUUCUUCUUAAGAAGAAUAUCCUUGACCUAACUCACUUGAUAGUUCUUCAUUCGGUCACCAACGUAUCAUUUGGUCACCAGAUGACAUCUAGAAGGUACAAGAUGGCUGAACGGCCUCUAUAACGUUAGUGAAGACGUAUCACGAGGUAUUGUGACAUGACAUUACCUAAUCUUCUUGUUAAGAAUGAAUGCACUACUCUCCCUACUAGGAGUUGUCACGACUCUAAGGUCAAUACCGAUUUCUUACGGGUUUUGUCACUUCAACGUGGAACAUCGACGAGGAGUUCAUGGCAAAAUUAAGGCUCGUUGACUCGUAGACGUAUGCUUGUAUUUGUAUUUCUUUAGGUUAGUUCUUUAGUUUGCCGUUAGCUUUGCUUGUCAUUCUAUUAACAGGUUGAUCGCUUCGAGAAAGGCAAACGAAAUAACGGGGAGGAAAACGUAACAUCACGGAGACCAAGAUCGAUCCUUCGAUUCUUCUAUCUUGUUCCUCCAAGAUCAAUCUUUCUCAGGAUCCUUCUACCAGGAUCCUUCACUCACUCACUCACUCACUCACUCACUCACUCACUCACUCACUCUAAUAGAAGAGAGGAGGGCCGCGAUCGCUCCGAUACUCCGAGUUAACGUUUUUCAUCCAGGAAAAAUGAAGGCCCCGAAGGAAGGCCAAAGAAGCGACGGAAAGUCAGCCGUUCGCAGUGUCUUAAGGCAUAAUGUUGAUACCGCUAUAGGUAUUUGCACUCCCGAUUGGAAGAUGAUCGGCUUUUCACAUGCAUCUUCCAAUUCCAAUUUUUAUGAUGAAAGACGGCCACAACUAUUUUACAACUUGCUACAGAAAUGCUGCAAGUUAAAAGAUGUCAAAUGCGGGCAAGUUCGCUGAAUGCCUUUCUUUAGAUGAAGUACCUGCAGUAGUGCUCAAUAUGAUGUAGUAGCGCUACUUUUCUCUGCUGCUAGACUCAAGAAGGCUCGUGCUCUAGUCAUAGGUACGAAGGGCCGCCUGGGAUAGGUACGAAGGGCCGCCUGGGAUAGUAGAGUAGUUACCGUAGUAAAACAUAUAAACAACCCUAACCCUAAACCCUUUGGCCACUUUUUCUGUUCCUGCUACCUACUGCUAGAAGUUCUUGUCAGGUUCUUCUUCAAUCAUCAAGUAGAUUCAUUGAGGGUUCCUCUUCCUUUUAGCCGGAAGUACUCGCUUCUAAUUGUAGCCGCACGGUUGGUAGCAUCCAGGGAGAAUGGAUACCCUCUUGAAAUAAUCGACAACAUCGCAUUUCUCAUCCCAGUAGCAAAUGCUUACGGGCCACAAAGAAAUAACAUGAUCAUGCAUAAUGAUCAUUAUAGUGACACAAGAACUACAACGUUGUCUUCUUUACUCCUACUUUUGCUAACUAUAUGAAUGCGGCAGCUUCGAGUGGAACACUAGUAGAGUAGGCACAUUCAAAUUCUACACUGAAUGGGCACACGACUACUACUACCGCUAGAAAGCAGCCCCCGUGAGGAAACACCACUGCAGCCAGGUGGGGGAGGAACUAGAGUACGACUUACACAGCUUGUUCUGCCAAUAUCACCCGCGUAGGGAACUAGGGAACUAGAAACCCACUUAUUAAUAUACCUGCUUAGUGAAAUUACACUAAUUUGACGAGGUAUCAUAUUGAUACAGCGAUUAUGGAGACCAGCGAGAGCAGUACUAGUAACUGCAACGCUUUCAGUUUUGAGAUUACAAGCAGACCUCUGGUUACUUUAACGAUCCUAGAGGGCUCAGAGAAAAAAUACAUCCGUGACUGUUUCAACUUCUACAUGGAGACUCUGAAUGCCACGGCUUUCUCUAAGAAAGACAGUUUUGGGCUUCUCUGUUUUUUCCCGAAGACCUGCUCAAGAUGCAUGAGGGUGACCCGAGUGCCGUUCUGGAAAGAGUUAAGAGGCUUCCUCUAAUCCAUCUCUAUAGAUAUCCCAACCGCAUGCAUCUUCCCAAUACAAGGAAGACAGUCAGUGGGGCACGUUCUUGCGGGAUUCCUACAGGGAUGGAGAAAGCUCCAAUAGAGUGCAGAAAUCGCCCAGGAAUGAGUUCGGCUUGACUGGGUUAUACUUAAGGCUCUUCUAGUACCUGCUGCACCUGUUGUUCUCUUCUUGUUGAACAAGUGUUGUCUUCUACACCUGUUGUUCAUUCAUUCAUUCAUUUCUACCUGCUGCACCUCUGUUGUUCAUGAAUGGUUGUUCAUUCAUUCAUUCAUUUACCUGUUCUGGAGGUAUCUUUUGACGCAUGGCGACUAUGAUUUUAAUUGUUCUCUUCUUGUUGUUCUUGUUGUUGAACAAGAAGAUGAACAGGAAGGUCUCCUUUUAAAAAGUUCUAUUUCAGAGGAUUGCAUACUAUAAGUUAGCAUAUUACAGGAAAUUCGUAAGUAGAGCAGUCUGAGUUGAUGUAUGAGUAUUCAAAGUCACCUCAUCCCAAAUGAUGAGUGGAAGGACGAGUUUCAAGGACCUAUAUAUGACUCAGGGCCCCCUAGCGGGGGGGCCGUCGCCCCGCGCCCUGGAACAUAUAAAUAUUGAUAUAAAAAACCGCUUUAUGUCAUGCAUAAAGUCGGACUCUUUUCAUUAGGAUAGUCAGACCAAAGUGAUUCUUUUUCCACCAAUGAAAAGAGUCCAUAAAGUCGGACUCUUUUCAUUGGGAUAGUCAGAGCAAAGUGAUUCUUUUUCCACCAAUGAAAAGAGUCGAUUUAAAGUCGGGCUCUUUUCAUUGGGAUAGUCAGACCAAAGUGAUUCUUUUUCCACCAAUUGGAAUGGAGUGAUCGAAUCCACCAAAGUGAUUCUUUUUCCUUUUCCAGUAUAGUUUUGAUAUCAAUACUGAAUAGAGUGCUAAGCAGUAGAAGUAGUCGCUAUAACUCGUAGCAACAUGAUGAUGGUCAACUACAUCUUAGCUUUUCUAAGAAAGGUAAAGCAAGAGGACGCAGGAAAAAAGCACCUGGGCUACGCGGGCAAGAUGUUUCAGCCGCCGAAAGAUUUGGACGAGGACGAUGAAUACAAGCAAAACAUUACGGUUGGUUGCGGAAGUCUUUAUUUUGCGUAGAAGUGUCUUGCCACACCGAACUGUUCGUUGAUAGUAUCGAAUUAGUACAAGUACGUUCGUAGUACCUUUUAAUUGAUGCAGUUGAUCAUACGCAGUUAUGGUUGUCCCACAGAGGCUACUGGCUGAUCAUUUCUUCUCAGACAAUAAAGCCCGACAAGUGUUCAUAUACGACUAACUUGAGGUUGAGAAGAGCAAACAUGGUAGUCAAGAAUAGAUGAGUCCAGGAAUAAUGAUGCUUAAUGAAGCAAGCAUGGUAGUUAAUAGAUGACUAAUGAUGCCUCAGAGACUUGAUGGAAGUCCGCACUACAAUUUCACUCCAUAGAAAUACUGACCUUAGAAAGUCCUCGACUCAUCUUAUUUUUAUGAGAUGAGUACUUCAACAGACGCCUUGUCGCUCGAGUAAAGUACUAUACAGGUAGUUACUCCUGUGGACGGCGAGUCAAUUCCUAUCCUAGACUACAUCAACUACUAGAGAUACUGACUACUUCCUCUGCUAAAGACUGUGACAAAGCGGUUAAGCUGGGCAAGAUUCGUUCGCUGAUACACGACCGAUACAAGAGCAGUAGUGAGGAGCAAUUUUUUCCAGAGUGCUCGUUCUACGUUAUGGCUACUUUGCUUGUGAUACGAUAACAUAGAAGCUGCUGCGUGGAAACCGCCCGCCCAUGGACAGUUGUAACAUCUAAUAUAUAUGAUUAGUUUCGUAGUACGAGCAAUUAACCAAGUGUCAUAGUUGGUUCUUGCCAUAAUACUAGUUUCAUCAGAGCUUCUAUUUCAUUAUGUAGUGAAGUUUCAGCACGACUAUUGCAUUACAAAAGGCUAAAGAUAGGUAACCUCUACCUCAACUUGUUCAUAAGAGGGUCACCUUGAGUGGGUACUAGAAGGGUGAGUAGGCCCAAAGUUGAGCGUCGCAUGCCAGAUUUAUGCUGGAAAGGCUGGUAGCAGAGUCCCAGUGACAGUGUUACACACAUGAUGUAGGGAGAGAGUCCCAGUGACAGUGUUACACACAUGAUGUAGGGAGUGAUCUGUUACACUGACUACCAUCUCAAAAAGCUCAAGCUCUUUCACUUUCAAUGCUUUCAAGUAAAAAAGUAGGUAAGUGAAAGGGCGAACAGACAACAUGGGUCGUAGAUCUCUCUUGUAUCGUCAGCUAGACCUUCCACCCUACCGCCCUAUUGGGACUACACUUCCUCCAGUUGUAAUCUAUUACUCUUCUGUCACUGCUAUUACAGGCUGGCUGAACGGCCUCAGUGCCGUUAGAUAGGACGGGACAGAGGUAUCGUGACGUGGCAUGUUCCAUCAUUACCAUGGACGUUUCUCCCUUCUAUCUUUAUUACUAAUAUGAAGUCCCACCUCGCCCUUGUAUCAUUACUGAUUAUGUGAAGUCCCACCUCGCCCUUGUAUCAUUACUACUAUGAAGUCCCACCUCGCCCUUGUAUCAUUACUAAUUUGAAUUCCCACCUCGCCCUUGUACCAUUAUUAUGAUCCUCGUCCUCUAAGUAGUGUUUGAUGAACGCGCGCUCGAACUCGCACAAGCCGACAGAGACGCUCAUGGCAUUCGUCGGGUUCAACUUCAACGUAUACACCAAAAUCCUUGGUCAGACAGGACAGGUAGUCAAAUCAAAAAGAAAAUUAUGGACAGACUAUCAGUCUAGCUGUGUAGAUGGUAGAAAUAUCAGAGCAAAUCUGCGACCGCGUUCGUCCAUCUCUUUUUGUUUUAGAUGGAUUUCUUCCCAUCCUUAUUCAUCAAGAUGAUCACUCAAGAACAUCUUAAGAAAAAGGAAACCAAAACGUCGUGGAGUGAGUUUUCUUCUAUCUUUCGCUUCUAUUUUUAUUCAAUCGCACAAGAAGGAGAGCGGUUUUUUAGGGGGACUGAGAUGAAGGCGCAACGCAAGUCACCAGGUGGUAGUUUUUAUUUCCUAUGAUUCGACACUAUAGUCUCUGUGUGAGUGUUGAAGAAUAUCACAUGCUACCGUGACUUCGAGCCGCUCUAUCCUAUCCAAUGCUAGAUGCUAAUAACGAUUAUUAGUUUAGUCUCCUGUGCGAACGCGCAUCAACUUGAUGCUCUCUUGAUUUGGCACGUCAUGAUUAGCAAGCAGAUUCACAAGGUUCACGAGACCUUCUGCUCCUGUGCGACCUGAGUAAAAGACUCUUUUGCUACCUCACGCAGCUUGAGACUACAACAACACGACUCUAGUCUGAUCAAAAAUAGUGAAGAGUGAUCUAGUAUAAGUUAGAGCCAUCUGAUAAACGCCAUCUUCAUCUAGUAUAGAUAAAGCCAUCUAGUAUAGCCAUCGAGUCUAACCAUCUAGUAUAAGCAUCUAGUGCAGCCGUCUAGUUGUAUAGACAUCUAUUUGUAUAGCCAUCUAGUAUACUGUAUAUGGAUCUACUAGUAUUAUUUGUAUACUCGAGUAACAAGAACUGGCUGGGCUUAACCCUCCCUCCCCUCUUACUGAACUUAUCUCCAAAACGGGUAUAUCACCACUAAUACUACUUCUGGAGACUAAAAAAGAGUCUAAUUAUUUCCCCGGCGAAAGGCAGUGUAGAGACGACCGGCGCGACCCCCAGGGCAAAACCGUGGAUCAGAAACAGCCGCUUCAAUUGGAAGGAGUUCGACGAGCAAUACAGAAAUUACGAACGGAAAACCCCCGAAGGGGCUUCUACUGCUUCUACCCGAGAGCCUCAUGCACAUCUUUGCAUGGGUGAUAUGCUACACGGGGGCCCUAAGUAAGGUGCCAAGUUACCGCGUGAAGCGUCGAAAGACUACCGCCGCACCCCGCCGCCCUUGGGCAAGUAUUGGUCGCCGCUUCUGCGGCGCCGCUACUGGUUGUGGCUGGUUCAACGAGUGGAGCCCGGUGGGCCACCGGGGCCCGGCAAGGCAUCGCCCCACGCGCCUCCGCGCGCCCCGUCGCCGCCUGGUGAGUAUCAGGGGCCGCACCCGCGGCGCUGGAACAGGCAGGUUCGCUCUUUCCCUGGGCGGUUGUGUUUGUUUCUUGCUUUCGGCUCCACUCCUGGCGCGAGUGGUUGAACUUUUAGGAACUGCAUGCCCUGGCUGGUGCUGCGCUGGCUUUUCGAAGUGAAUACAAGCAAGCAGCGGCAUGGUGCAGGGGUGCCGCCGCUCCCUCCUCGCGCGCUUUGCUUUUGUGGGCGUGUUGUUGUCGCUGAGCGUAUGCUUUGAGGGUGAGGACGGUGCAGAAAGCCGCGGGAAGGUCGGGCGCUAGCUUUUGGGGCUGCGUGCUCUGGCGUGGUGUUGCGUUCUUGGUUUUUGGUUGGCCAACCAAGACGCUGCGCAAGUGUCGGGCCAUCGAUGCACUUGCGUACUUCUUUUACGCGGGCCGGGGGGCUCCUCGGGGCUCUUCUUUGGUAUGACGGCACUAGCAAGCCCGCCCGCGCUGCGGCGCUUUUUGUUCGGUAGGUCUCUCUGCUUUUGAUGUUUCGCGUGUCGUUGUGUUUCAGAUUCAACCCGCGUGGGCUGCCUGUAGGUCUAUGCCUAGCCGUCUGCGUUCCUUGUAGUUGAUAUAUGUUAAUUUAUUAGUGGGUGACAUGCUGCAAAAGGAACGCGAAUGAGAUUCAUACGAAAUAAACACCACGGCCAGGGGCUAUUCCCUUGGUGUUCGUUGGGUGGCACUGUUGGUUCCAUAAGAGCGACAUGUAUGCCCUAAAUCUUUCGAACAAGUACAUACCCAAUGCAAAUGGAAAUAUCAGAUGAAAUUUGUUUGUCCGUUUCAUUUACUAGACUAAAUAACUGCAACAUUAAGAUCAACAUCAUUAUUUUUGAAAUGUGAAGAAUAAGAAGUUUAUUUGAUGCUUCCUAUGUUUCCUAGGAUUCGUAAGCUACAGCUUAGGGCGCUAACGUAAGUGCGCUGCUCCUCAUCUGGCUAUCCUAUCUAAAUCUUGUCUUUUCUUAUCGUCUUCCUUUCUUAUAUCUUUCUUGUUCUUUCCUGGUCUUCGUCAAUUCUACUCUGCAGCUGCACUGAAGUGCCAACUUAAACGAACCAAGGACGCACAAAUCAAUACGAGGCUCGAUCAAGUUUUUCUCCCCCUCCCCCUCUUCCUCCUCCUCUUCGUCAACUUGAUUGAACCGAGUACAUUCGACUCUCCUCGUUCUCUUCUAACUUACGGCACGCGCGGCCGCCUCCGCUUCUGAUUAUGACUCCGAGUUACGGGGAAUCCGUUUUGUUUGGGACGCGGGUGCCAACAAAGAUGGGGACGUCACUAGAACGCCGGCAGCCGAUGCAGAAGAGUUGCAGGAGCAGCAGGUGAGAUGGGACAAGUACAAGGCAUUCGUUAGAGGCGAGAUUAAGGCAUUAGCAGUGGCAUUACUACUAAAAAUAUUAGGGUCGUUGCAGACAGAGAUAGUAUUGCGCGCACUGGACUCCCAUUAAGUUUAAGUUUAUGCGCUAAGAAGUUCUUUUCAUCUUUUGCCUUUUUCAUGUUUCUCGUAUGUUUGUGAAGCAAGAUGAUGCCACUUUUUCCUUCGUUUCGACGGGUUUCUGAAAAUGAUGCGCCUUUUUCCUAGGCUCCAAGUGCUUGAGGUCACCGUCUUGCUUGGUCUUCCAGCGCCUUGCGUGUGCCCUUCUUCUCGGAGUAUGCGAUUAUUUAUUUAUAUGGACUGGUCGCCUCCAUUUUGGACAAGCUGACCACUACUUUCUUUCCCGGAUUUUUUGUGCUGAAAUGUGGGCGGCUUGUCCAAGUUGAAAGAGUGUACAGGCUAGCUAGACAGGGCCAGUCAGAUUAGCCAGCCAAGGACGACGAGGUUAUCUAGCCAUAGCCGGCGGGCUCAGUUAGCUCUAGCCAGCGGGCUCAGCUAGCUCUCGCCAGCGGGCUCAGUUAGCCCUUGUCGACGGGCUUGGCUGGCCAUGCAUAGCCGAUAAGCGUGGCCACCCGCAGCCAACGAUCUCGGCCAGUCUUAGGGAACGGUCCUGGCCAUGUCCAUAACCCCGGUGGACUUUGCUUCAUCGGCCAAGCCCAAAAAUAGCUAGGGGUGGGGCUUCGCUAGCCAUCGCCAACGAGCUUGGCCAGCGAUAGCCAAGAGCGAGCUUACGUAGCCAUACCUAGCGGGUCGCACUCGCAGCCAGCCACAGGCAGCCAAGGAGCCUCCCUAGCCAUUCCAUAGCCCAAAAGCUUCGCUAGCCACGGCUAUAGCUUGCGGGCAUAGUGCCUAGGCAUGCCCAGCGAGCUGCGCUAGCCAUAGCCAGCGAGCUUCGUCGAGCUUAGGUGGUCACCGACCAGCACCAGCUUGCUCGGCACUAGUGGCAACCCGUAGCUGACAAUCACCGGCCAGCCUCUCUCGAGCUCGACAGCCCAGGCACGCACCCUAGCGCGCCUCUGUUAGAAAGGGCCGCUUGCCUUUUUCUCGCUUCAGUUAGCCUGCCAUACCCAGCGAGCUCAGAACUCGGCUGCUUAGCUCGCUGAGGCCAGCCAACUUGCCUCGCAGGAGACUCGCUGGCGCUAACGUGUUAGCUGGUUGGGCCACAGCAGCAGCUUGAGGGGGGCCAGCUGAGAUAAUCGUGGCUGCGCUCUGGUUCGUUCCUUCUUUCGUCUUUUUUUUUGUUGAGGUGGAUGGAUGCUGACUCGCGAACCUUGUUCGGCGCUCUCUGCUCCGCAAGUUCUACGUUUGCUUGCUUGCGCUCUCUGAGCUGAGUGGCGCUCCUGAGGUCUAGGAAGUAUAAUGACGAGGGGGCCACUUAGUUCUCUAGUUCUCCUAUGAACAGUCAAAAUGCGACCUAUAUCUGUGCCCAGAAAGCGGCUGCUCCAUCAAGGGCCUGCUGCCUUGGGCAUAGGUUAGCAACGAGGCAGAUGACAUGGCAAACGAAGGCAGCCGCGGGGCCACCAAGCUAGCGACGCGUGCGGAUUUGUCCAAAGGGGCAGCGUGCGUUCGCGUUAUAUGUUACACAGCCACGGUCUGGCAGUCGCGUGCUUUUUGCGAGAAAAAUGCGCGGGGUCGCGCAAAUUCGCGAGAAAAAUUCGCGUGAUCUCCAUGAGAAUCGAGCAAAAGAGUAGAGCUUUCUUGGAGCUUGCUAGAAUGAGUCAAGCUGGCCACGACUGAGCUAAGACAGGCUGGCGCACGCGUGGGUGCUGGCCGUGGCUACGCUAGCAGGCUGGCUCGCUGUCGCUGUCUUGUGGCUAAGCUUGCUAACAAGAUGGCGAUGGCCAGGCUAGCAAGCUGGCUCUGGCUAUGCUAGCCAGCUGGCGGCGGCUAUGCUAGGCAGCUGGCGAUGGCUAGGCUAGUAAGCUGGCUAUGGGUAAGGUUAGGCUAGCACGCUGACUGCGGCUAAGCUAGCGAGCUGGCGACGACUAAACUAGCAAGGGCGCCGGCUAUGGUUACUUAAGCUAGGUAGCAAGGGCGCUGGCUAUGGUUAAGCCAGCAAGCUGGCCAUGGAUAAGCUAGCAGUUAAGCUGGCUAAGGCUACAGCUAGCUAGGCCAGUAGCAAGCUGGCGAUGGCUAAGCCAGCAGGCUGGCUAUGUUUAUCUGUGGCUAAGCAAGCUAGCGGGCUGGCUAUGGCUAAGUAUGCGAGUCACGAGCCCUUGGCCAUGUCUAAGCUAGCGAGCUGGCGGUUGCUAUGCGUGGCAAGCUCAGCUAGCAGAGCGCACAGCUUGGCCUUUGGUGCUCUUCAUCUAAAUUCUCAGGGAGGGCCUCUGAAAAGUUUGAGGCAGCCCCUAAGGAAGGGGCUGGCAGGGCAUUAGCCUAACGUGUAUAUUACGAGCGCCCCCCGAAGGAGCUCCCUUAAGGGCCUCUUUUUGCCCUUAAGGGAGGCUUAUAAUAGAUUCGCUAUGAUAGGGCCGCAGAAUACAAAUUCCGUAAGGAAUGCCAUUUCCUUAUGGAGGCCUCCUUAGGGAGACUCCUUAAGGGUCUUAGCAAAAGUGCUUGCACUAUAGCUAAGUACUAAUAUACAUCGAUAAUCGAUCAGUCUUCAAAAAUCUCGUCUCUUCACAUCUUUCACAUUUUUGAUCGAAGGGCUUUAUGACAGACUAGAGCACUUUGCUACAAUCAAUCGUCACCGUCUGGUCUACUUCUAAGCGCUAGCAAUCGUCACUCGUGGAGGCACAGCGCUACCUCGAUAGCUUUGUGCUGGGAGAGAAACAGGCGUGGGUUCCUGCAGAUCGCGUGAUUGCGAUUACCGCUCUGCUUGCCGCAGGUCAGGGGGGCAUGUUAAGAUUUGUCGAUGUAAAAAACCAGUAAUUUUUAGAAGUUUUUUUAUAAAUAGCCUUCCCUUUUCGUCCAGGUAAGCCGACUCCUACAGUAUCCUAGCGUCCUUCUACGACUAGGAAACCCUCCUGGGCUCUUUUCCAACAGACGGCACUUUGUAGAAAUGAAGAGGGCGAGCUAGUACCCGAUCAUGUUCGUGACUCACGGGGGGAUGUAAUUCGAAUUUUGCAACUACCCGAUGAUUGGGUAUAUUCUUACUUCGUACUACUGCACCUAUAAGCAUGCCUAUUGAGAAAAUCCCGAAGCAGAACCCAGCCGGAGGACCCAGUAGCCGACGGCCGGAGCAAGACGCGAUGGACGAACUACUCAAGACCCCGCUCACGACUAAUAUCAACCCCUUCGAACCCAUCGUCGUGCUGCAAGUAGAAGAAGAAGAUUAAGGACCUCAUUAAUACAGUAUUGUACAUCACCACAGAAGAAGAAGAUCUUUAUCAUAUAACCUUGCCAGCCUUACUUGAUAUGCAAGAAGUGUUAUAUUUAUAUAUUAACACUACUACUUUCAUCUUUCUCUUUAUGACCACUACCGCCGAUUGUACUGUGAUAAAUUCAGUCACUCACGGUAGGACUUCCUCAUCUCGUCUCAAAUCUUAUCAAGCGCUCGUCCUCACAUCUAGUCCUUCUGGCACUUAUCUCCUGCUUAACUCGUUACUAACACUACUGCUCUAGAAGAUCCUCGCCUCUCUCUGUUUCUGUCUUGUAGCAAUAGAAAAGAUCAACUUCGAAGAUUUGAAUAAGUAAUUCACUUGAAGUUCAUUCUCUCUAUCCAGGGAGGAAUGGGAAGCAGAGAAUUCUAACGCCUCUUCUUCACUGGGUUACCUCAUCACCAUAGAUCGGUAGUAUCCUCUGUAACUUGUGGAUGACGUUUCCCUACGGCGGACCAUUUUGGCACCCUUUUCACUUUAGAGAAAAAGUUCCAGGAUGGUCUGCCUAGAAAGAUAGAAAAAACGCCAUCCGCGGACUUACUCUGCUUGUGUGGUAAGUGGUUUACUUCGUAUUGAUUGUCUCUAGUUUCGUAUCAAUUGUGAUCCUGCAACUUUUCGGUAUGGCCUUACUGUGAAUCUUGUAACUGUAACUGAUAAGCUACUGGGCUCUCUGUCGGUAAUAGUGCAAGAACUUCGAAGUUUUAGUAUGCAAGAGGCAGCUUUACAACUAGUUACUCUUGGGUCAUUCAAGCAACAACUACGAAAGCACUUGCCUUCUGUAGGUACAAAGACUGACGCAGAUAUUUCUGAAGGUGCCUGCGAGUUUGCUGAAAGGCCGGCACGUGUUUUCUGAAAGGCCUUGCAGUAUAUCGACUAGAGCACGCGUGGCGCACGGGGUGCAUGGAGUAGCAUGGCGCGCAUGGAGCACAUGCAGCUUGUCCACGCACGGAGUGCAGUGCAAGCGUGCCACGCGGCACGGGGGGCGCCUGGUGAUGUGCCGCGGCGUGACGUCGCCGGCGGCGCUGAAGCUGGCUGGCUGGGCCCUCUGUUAGGCUAAGGGCAUCAGCGUGCGAGUGAGUGCGCUGGGGGCUGUAGCGGUCGGGGCUCAGCUGGUUGGUGGGCUGGGUAGACGCUUCGGGAGCUAGCUUUGCCGGGCAGCCACUGCGCUGAGAGGUGUAGGCGGCGGCGCUGAGGCUGAUGCCUUGGCCGGCUAGAUGCCUGGGGGCACUGCCUUGAAUAAUGCGCUGAGGGGUCGCGACGUAGCGGUCGGGGCUGGGGUUGGCGGGUUCGGCAUUUGAGGCGCCUCCUUGGGAUGCUGGGUUGGAAGUGUGUAAACUCGGACAUCAAAGAGGCGCCCUCGCAAAUUUUUCACGCAUGGGGUGCAUGGAGUGUGUAGCUACUCCAUGCGCCCCAUUUCGUGCGCCCAGCGAAGCCCGAUAAGCUGCUCGGUUAUAUAUACUCACCGGGCUUGUAUGCUAUAAAUUUCAUCUAGAGCUGCCUUCGUGCUGUAUAUGCAGUAUAGGUAACCAAGUGCCUGGCCGUUGUGCUUCAGGCUUCUCGCUGGGAGGGAAGGAAAGAACUUACGAUAUGCAAAUGGGUGAGUGAAUGAAUUAUAGCUACCCUGGCUGACACAGAUAGUUUAUGACCUGAGGCAACACGGCUCAUGACAUGGCGUCAUGAGAUCAGAAGCUCUAAUGGCUGACGCAGUCGGGGAAAUGUCAGGAGAUUAGAAGCGAGCAGCCAAAGGAGCCCAAGAAACUGCUGCCGUGCAAUAAUGUUGACCAUUGUUUGGCCAUCGUCCGUUUGAGAUCGCGAGGGGGUGCUAACUUUAUGGGUGUUAGACGUGAAGUCAAGUCAGUCAAUCAGUCGACAAAGCAGUCAGGAGGCACCAAGAGAAGAGGGAUUUUUGGCCGCUUAGGGGGGUCCUUGAUGAUGGGGGACCCUUUCUGGGGUCCCCGGGAUGGGCACCGGAAGACGGGCGCCCGGCGUGGUCUUCCGUUGGUGGGUCUUUUGGGGUGCUUUUUUGGCUGCAGAAAAUGGCCUCUUGGUGAAAAGGAGUGGGAGUGGAGUGGGACUCCAGCCUACGAGGCCGGUAGGCUUCAUGACCAGCACCAUGAGCGUCGCGAGCUUCAUUGUUGUGACUCUUUUCCGGGCUUGUUAUCUUAUUUUGCGCGCUGGGACAUGGAUGCCAAUACGGGUGCUCCCCUUUUGUUUGCUUGUCCAGCAACGUGCGCGCCAUUUUUGAUUGUCAGGGGGGGCGCGGGGGCUGGCUUCUUUUUUUGUUCUCAUUUCUGACCGGCGGAGGCUGAGGACCAUAUGCGGACACCAAGAAAGGGCGCCCGCCCCCGCUUGCUUAUGCUCAAGGCUCGGCCAGUGCCCGCCGCGGUGAGGAUCUCCCCGGAGGGGUCAACGGGUGGGCGAGGGCUGGCUGGCACUCGCUGCGUAGCUCAUGCUCAAAGGAGAGGACCCCACCCCCUUCGUGCCCUUUCUUUAAAAUUGUAGAAGCCUACAGCAGAUUUGUGUCGCGGCUUUAAUAGCUUAUUUGCUGUAGCUUUACAACUUCGAACCUCUGAAGUUUUCAGGUUGGGGCAUUUGGCUGAGGUACAUAAGGGGGCCAAAACACUUCAGCAUUAACUUUUUGGAUGCUUCUCGGGAACUUCUUGCUGGGUUGCUUGCCGCCAGCCUCCUUCUUGAAGUGGUUCCCGCUGGCCGCCUUAACGAUUGCGCACCAGCUUGCGACCGCAUCACAUGCGCAUCGCCGCCCGAAGCGGCUUAGCCGCGCCGCAUUUCUGUCAGAAUUUUAGCAGCGCUUGUGGGUGCUGAUGUGAUAGGUGCACAGUGAUAGGAUUCGUUGCUUUUGUUAGACCAGGACUUUCCUCGUUGCACCACGUAGAUUUUUUUUGAAAAAUGCAGCCAGGUGAAAGGCCUGGCGCUCAGCCAUAAACCCCGGCCAUCACGUGACUGGAAGCGUUCGGCGUCGAGCAGCCGCCAAGGAUACCUGGCUCGCCGUCCAUGGUGCCAACCUCUGACGCGGAGGUCUGAGCCAGGCAAGCGCAAGGGGUGGCCGAAAGCGGCACUUUUUGGCCAAAAAUGUACCGGGUCACUUUGGGCGCAUUUUGCACCCCUUUUUUGAAAAAAAGCUGCCGGCUCAUUUUGCGAGGACCGAAGCGGCCCCGUCUAGUGGGGGCUAGGGGGUGCCUUAAGGCGACCCUUUUUGGUCCAAAAUGGUCGCCAAAUGACCUGGGUUUUUUGGGGUGUCAAAGUGGGGUCUUUUUGCCCCCCUUUUUGACACCCCUCCAAAGCACCUCCGAGCCGAGCCUCCCAAGGGUUGGGGCUCCGCUGGAGGCGCUUUUAGGGUCCACACUUCGCGAUCCUUGGAAGCGGAGCCCCGCUCCGAGGGUUCACUGCCAAGCUAUCGGGAUGGCCCCAGCGGUCCCGAAGGGAUUGGGUCUUGUCAGGCUAGCGUGGUGCAACGAGAAAAAUCCUGGGCUAAUUUUGGAGACUAAUUCCGCGAAGCACUUGCCUUCUGCAGUUUUAAAGAUGUCAAAGCGUUUGAACCAAAUGGGGGGCCGAAUGAAGCAAAGGGCGCGCAAGGGGGAACGGGGCUGGGGCCUGGCUUGCUCUCGCGUUUCUGUUCGAGGACACGCAGAGGGGCAGCAAGCAGGGGAAGGGCGCCCGCCUUCAUAUCAUGGCGAUGGGGCUAGCAGGGCUCCAUGGGGGGAGUUUUUUCCCCCGGGGUCAGAGGGCUGGCAGGGUCCAGCGCUCGCGGCGUAGCGUAUAACACUCACGGCGGAACCUUCCAAAUUUUUUUUCGCAGUUGGUGUCAUAACUUUCAAAAUUUUGAGAGAAGCUUUGAAAGAUUGAUUCAAAAUUGAUUAUACUGCCGCACUUUUUACGCUUCGACCUCAUGUUCGUCGUAGCUCUUUUCGGAGUCGGGGAACUUCGCUCAUUUUCUCAAUUUUUGCGCAGGGUUCAGAAUCCAUUCAGAAGGAACGACAGUCGUAAACUUUCAAACAAAAUGGAAUGCAGCGCCAAAGCCUUCACUUCUUGGAAUCAAAGUCACUAUCUUGAGCCAGCGCCGUAAUGAUGAAAUGAAAAGCAGGCCAACGCCAGAGCUUUCGCAUUUGUAAGGGAAUUUUCUGUCUUUUUUUCUCUUGCUUUCAUUUUGCAUUUCGAGUCUCUCUUCAACGGUAAAGAGCAGAGCGCGGCGUUCAAAGUUACGGCUGAGUAUUCAUCUCCACUUGGGUAAGGAAAUCAUUUUUGGGUCUCGCGAUGAUUAUUCCACUUACUACCACCACUGCUCCUAUCACAUGCAUGCUAGAACUGGUGGCGCAAGUCUUAGAUAGUCAGUGGGGAGCUACGAGUGGAGUUUGUUAUUAUUGUUUGUAGAUUACAUCCACCAGCACGACCAAAUCCAAAUCCAGUCCUACGCCGACCCAGAAAAAGAGCAUACAACACAGGUGAAUUAUAUUGGUGACAGAAGCCAUAGCCAGACAAUCAGCCAUCAAUCACGUGGCCGAGAUGCGGGCCUGAGUGUGGAUGCCUAUCUUUCAUUUCUUGUAAUAUAGCUCUAACAAGGAGCAGUUUAUCGACGGCGUAACAGACGGGUACCACUUGCAGUUCCGAGACGAUUAUGAGUUGGUAGAUAUCGACAUAUGAUCUACUUUUAGUCUCGUAGUAGAAAUAGACUGGCUCCAGCGGCAGUCUGCGCGCGGCAGUCUGCGAAGAACUCUUGGGCGAGAUGUAUAUAUUGUAUUGCAUUGCUGCACUCGUAUGCAGCGACCUUAUUUGAGACAGCUCGUCGUACUACUGAAAAAGCCUUCGCGCUAUGGUUUUUCCUUUUUUUGUGUAGUUUGGUGGCGUUUUUGAUAAAAAUGCACACUACGGCGACACACCGACAAGGGCAUCGCCCGACCAGCUGCCAUGGCAGUCAAGGCCCGGGAGGUCCUCCGCGGGCACAAGAGACGCGCGGCAGCCUUCUGGGACCUCACAGGGGCGCCCGGGCGUGUCUCGCCUGGCCUUCUCGUCAGCCGUUUACCCGGCAAGCGCAGGCCCUUCGCCGGGGCCAGUGCAGGGACGGCGGGCGCGAACAGAGAGCCGGGGUGGGCGGAACCAGCGACAGGCAGGGGCUCCUCUAUUGGUUAUAAUGUGGCUAGGGGCUUUCGUGUCGGGGCGGGCGAGGGUUGUGCGGUUCGCGGAGGAACUCGCACCGAGGUGCCCCGCAGGGAACGGCCAGCCCCCGCGGUGUGUGGGCACUACAUCGGCCCGCUCUCAUCUGAGACCGGUGCGCGCUGUCUUGGAAUUGGCGCGCUUGGGUAUGUCGAUGGCGUCGCGCUAUCGAUCGAGUACAUGGACCCGCGGGCGGGCCAGCGAGAGCCCCCGGCGGCGCUAGACUGACGCCGCGGCCGCGUUCUGCGUGACUAGUGGCGCACAACUAUCGCCGGGCAAGUGCUAUCGCCGGGCAAGGUGCCAGGGCUCAGCCACCCAGCUGGGGGCGUGCAGAUCCACUACGACCUGCGCCCCAAGGUCUUCGGGAUCAGCGUCGACCGCCGGCGGCCUUUUGGGGGCGCUUCGACUCGCUCGCCGCGAAGAUGCGACGCACCUGCCAGGCGGAGGGUGGCCCUGCUGUCGGGUGUACUAAACAGGUGCUUCUUUUUUGGCCUUUGUCGCUUUUUUUGGCUUCUUCAGCACCACGGGGGGCCACCGUUCAGCAGUGAGGCAGCGUCUUGUGAAUUGUCUCCUUCUGCUGCCGUCUUCUCUACGGCUCGCGUCGGAGGUGGGUGGGCUCUCUUUGUGUCGUGUUGGCUUGGCGGGUCCCCGGGGGCGCGGUCGAUGCGGCCAUCUUCGUGUGCUUGCUGGGGCGCUUUUUCCCACGCCACGCAGGGCUGUGCUUCUUGUUUCUUUGGAUGCUAAACCUUUGCUAAAUUUGCGCUAAUUUUCAUGCUAAAAAGAAGCAUGCUAAGUCUGGGUGUUAUUUAAGAAAGUUUGGUGCUAAGUUUCAUGCCAAAAAGCAUGCUAAAUUUCGCUGCUAAAUACUUACGUGCUAGAUUUUGUGCUAAGUAUCAAGCUAAACUGGCACGCGAAAUAACGCGCUAAAUUUUGUGCUGAAUAACAUGCUAAAUGUAUAAUGCGCUAAUAUCGGGGGUGCUCAUUUUGUGGCCAAACGUGUGGCCGUGCACACAGAAAAAGGUGCUAAAAUGGGGGGGUCAAGAGUCAACGCGAAAUCGCCUAAGACCGGGGCAGCGUCUCGGCUUGGCAUCGACCUAGCAUGCGUGCAACCACAUGCAAGACCACAACACCGACCCCGCGGCGCCGGGCUCUGGGGCAGAGGCCCCGGCUUGGCGUCCAAUCUUGGGAGGAGUGGCGCCCGGAGUGGAGGAGGCCACGCGCCUGGUCCCGUGCCAGCUCCCGGGCCUUGCGCGGGCUGUCUGCUGAUCCGUGGCGGACUGGGUGUGUGCUCCUCUGAUAGCCGCUCCGCGGCUGAGAGCGGUCUAGGGCAUGGGGUCGGUUCGGUGAAGGGGGUGCGCGGUGUGCACGGAUUGCAUGGCGUUGGGGUCUUCGGGUGUUUGGGGGUUUUAGACAGGCCUCCGGCUGGCUGCCCCUGUUGCGGAUGCCUUUCUUAGCUGUCGCAGGCGUGUGUUUGGGUUUGCUUUGUUGCGGGUGGUGGUGUGUAGGUGUUUGGGGUGGUUGUGAUCCGGUGCUCGGCGGAUGAGGGUCCUGGGACCCAGGGCACGGGCCCCGCCUUCUGGAUGGCAUGGCGGGCAUUUGGGGGGGCUGCUUUUCCUUUUUCUGCUGCAAAAUUUAGCAUGUUUUUAGCAUCGAAGACGGCGGGGCGGCCUCCGCCUGACACCAUAGAGAGAGGCUGCUGCGCGGCAGCUUGCCGCGGUUUCUUACAGCCGCGCCCGAGAGGUCCGCGCCGUGCGUCAGUUAUAUAUACUGACUCGUGGGCGGCAAGUGCUUGCGCUCCGCUUCGGAGGGUCUCUGGUUCGAAUCUUGGAAGGGACUCGACUGGCAGGGAGGUGGCCCACAGGCCGGCCGCCGCCCCACACCCAGGGGAGAAAAACAUAGGGACCGCGCUGCGCCUGACAGUGCGGGGAGAAGGAGACGGCGACGGGACCCCGGGGAGCCCUCUGAGGAGCUGACGGCACCGCGCCCACGUGGUCCAUGGUGUGGGUCAAAAGCCUUGGCCAUAACCGGGCGGCGCUCGUCUGCUUUGUAGCUGGGUCGGGUGAUGCAUAAACUUAAACACAGGGGUCGCCACCUGGGCAAAUUCGCAAGGGCCAGGGGCUGGCCGCGUGGUGCUCGGAGGGAAACCGACCGCACCUGAAGCGCCAGCAGGUCGAGGCCAGGCGACCGCCCUCCCCGCUCUCUCAGCUCUCUCCAUACUGACUCGCCGAGACUGGGGCUGCGUAGCGUAUGGAUUUGCGUGCUACUGGGGGAGGGUCACCGCAGCGCAGAGGACAUAGCCCACCCAAAGGCUUCAAGUAUUGCGCUGCUUCCUUGCCUGGUAUUCAUUGGGGCAGCUGGGGACCGUACAGCGAGGCUGCGCCCCCGCGCCCGCCCUGGCAGGGCUGGCGGUUUUCGAGGAUAGGCACACAGGCGAGGCGGUGUCGAUGGUCGCGCGGGCAGAUCGCGCCUGCGAGCAGGCUCCCUCUGGUAACUAGUAGUUAGACUGACAAGCGCCGGGGGGUCGGAUGGAUCCAGACCGGAGGGGGCCAUCCAGUGUGAAGCCACACACGCGGCAGGGCCGACCGCCUUGCCAGAGGUAACAGCGCACGCAGGAAGGCCACGGAUGCUCCAGCGUGCACAUGAUGCAGGAGGGGGGGCGCCUCCUCGUCGAGCUAUAAUAUAUGCCACAGAGGGGAUUUAGGGCCUCUCGACGCUCUGAGCAAAGCAGGCGCGGGCGACGGGAUCCCGGCGAGUCCAAAGAUGGGGGCGGCUGUGGCUAAUCCAAAGCCGCUGAUCCCGUACCCCCGCGACCUUGCGGCCAAAGAAGUCGGCGCUGUGUUCUUGCGAGUGCGGCCGCCACAUCUCCAGGAAUGAAGCAGAGGGAUAGGAGCGGCGGCCGCUGUGGUAAAACCAUCGCCGCCUGCUGCGAUAGGGCGGGGCUUGGCUUGGUGCGUGGUGGUGAAGACAGAACAAGGGGGAAACAAGUAAGCACGUGAUGACAAAGAGAACGACGACAGGACGAAAGCAUGAAGAACGACGAACGAAGCAUGAAAGGACGAACGUCAAGCAGAUCCGCCCCGAGAGCCUGGGGCUGAAAGGGAGCGACCAAGAAAGCAAGGACGGCCAUCAGGCAGCCUGACCGCGCGACACCGCUACCCACGUCAGCCGGUGCCCACACAUGCCGGCUGCCGCAGGCAUGGUCUGACACGCCAGAGCUGACGGCGACGAGAACGCAACGCGCGACCAACAAGGCUAGCUGUAACAUAGGAAGCCGCAAGGGCGACCAGAGCACAAAACACACGAAACAAAAAAGAAAUCUUGCGAGGUCGUAUGCGUUGCCAGGAGCGCAUCAACACAAACAAACAACCAAACAAAGCUGCACUGUGAUUUAUUUGGUUAUCCCUCUACUUCAUUGGUUUAGUUACCAAUCAAAACAUGACAGGUCCUCCAAAGCCCUCCCUAUCUUCCACCUCCCCAAAUUCGUCUUGGUUUAAGAUUAAAAGUUAUAGUGCAGGGGUUAGUCAACUCAACGAUCUACAGUCUAGUCCCCUCAUCAUCAUUUAGCUAUGUUUCAUCAUAUACGGAGCAUAGAUAUGAAAAGCGAGCUGUCAUGAGUGACUCCAGGAGGAAUGUCAAUUAUUGCUGGGAACAAACAUCCACCACACUAUAGAAGGAAUAAGAGGAUAAGCGCGCAGCAGCAGAAGUAGACUUUUGACAGGAAAGUCGCCUGCACAGGCCCACCCUAUUUAGAAAUAUAGACUUUGAAGUGUCCUCGGUAUACUUCAUUAUUGCUGGAAAUUUCUAACGCGUGAAGAUGCAAUCCGACAACGACCGCUGGCGCAUAUCCGUCCAACUUUUUGUCAACAGUGGGAACGGCUUUAUGGCUUAUUUUUAUGUUUUUAGCCUGGCAGAUGGACUAUGCACAAAGAUUUUGAUUUAUUGUAUUGCAGUAGACUACGACUAGUCCCGGGAUAAUCGACUACCGACUAGUUAAUAAAUAUGAUGAACAAUAUCGACUGUCACAUUUUUUAGUGUCUGUGUAAUCAGCCUAGAAGUUUUGCAGCAGAAGUUGGGCGUGAAUGUCUACAGCUCAAACUACAGAGCAGUAGUACAACACUGACUCAGACAGAGUGGAACUGCGUACACGAGUAGACAAUCCAGUGCUUAGUGCGCAGGGCUGAGGUGGGAGUCGCGCUACUAAAUCUAAACGAGUCUAGAAUCACAUGAUAACUAAUUAUUACCACUGCUACUACAACUGCUAGUAAUAUUUAUAAAUAUAAUGAGCUGGCUUGCUCUUCCUCUAAUAUUCGUACGGGAUAGGGGUACAGCACUUUCUUUGUAGUAUUAGUCAUCCUGCACUUUAUUUUAACCGCUCUUUUGAAACUGGGUAUGGUUCAUAGUAGUUAGAGACUUAAUUUGUAUUUUGCUCAUUGUUUCCUCAGGUUCACCCAACAUCCUCGAAGGUUUUUUCUUCAAACUCUAAGAAAUGGUUGACGUGUGACGCGCUGUAUUGGGACGAAACUUAAGGCCCUUGAUUGAAUUCAAUGCCACAUAUAUAAGAAAGUGCAAAGGAUGAGCGCUAAAAAUCAAUCACAGGCCUCAAGUGCAAGGGCAAGAAGAACGACGCAUGAUUGAAGAACAACUAUAACUAUAUAACUAGGAUAGAUUAGAACCUAUAUUUAUUAUGCUGCGUACUGUACUACUACUAUACUACGCGACAAAGUACAACAAGAACUAACUAGUAUAGAAGAAGACUCACUCGUCCGUAGUGCGCUACUGCCUCUACUACAACUCCACGAGCACCAGUCAGCAUUUCCACGAGCAGUCGUUUCUCACUUCUUCUAGUUCCGUCGUCCACAGGCUCUAAGACCCGACGGGGGACAAUGAUACUAAUUCGGAAGCAGGAACAGACGUCGGGCGUCUCUCGGACCUUUCAGGGCUAAGCGAGACCGCAGGAGGUGAUGGGGCGGAGAGCUUCGUUGAUCUGGCAGACACUGACGCCGUAGUUUAGGGCGUCUCACUCUUAAAGGAAAAAUAUUGAACAUGUUAGUUUAGGGUGUCGCUUCUAGGAUGUGGAAGUUUGAAGAAAUUUCCAUGUCCUGGAGAAGAGAAGUUUUCUUAGAAAGGUGUGGAAGUUUGAAGAAAUUUUCAUUUCCUGGAGUAGAGAAGUGAGUUGUCGUACUAGUAGAAUUAGCACCAGCAUGCAUCACGCGGCUAGCAUGCACCGAAAUAGUUAGAAGUAGUGGUCGUAGUAGAUUCUCAUCCUCGGAGGUGAGCUAGGAGUCAGGAGGAGCCCAAUGUGAAGGAUCCCGCCUUCUAACCUAGCCUAACCAUGUAGAUGCUCUUCGUCUUCCCUCCUUGUUCUUUUUGGACUGUACCCCAUGAAUGGGUUUCCUCCUACCACUAGUACUGGUCUCUCCUUGAUAGAUGAAUUCUAACUACCACUACUGCUCUCACCUUGAUGUUGAUACUAGAUGAGUUGAGACCUUGUUCACACGCAGCAGUUUUUUUUCGUCCCACAUACACUUCAACGAUUUGAAACGCAAAUACUUAAUCUGUUGAAGACUAUAUUGGACAGACACGACUUAGAUCUUUUGGACGAGGACACUGAGACAUUUACCUAACCACUUACUUUGAGACUCUGACAGUAGUAUGAUGGACAUGGAUGCCUAACGGUAUUCUACUGAUGCGUAGGUGUAGGUCGAGGCUGUAUAUGUUCUUCGCACUUUUCUCUCCGCUUGUUCGAAGCUUCAUUAACUACACUUCAAUCAAGAUUAUGAUAGCACUAGCAGUAGUAGCAUUAAUAGUAGUACUCCCCCUCCUUGACGAGCAAGUUGUAGUAAGAACUGACAUCCGAAGCAGAUAAGUAUCUAAGCGAAAGAGUACAUCAGAGACAGGUACCUAAGAAGUAGACACAACUCAGAGACAUUUUUUACCAAAUAUGGGAAAACAGAUAGAUCAUGAGCAUCCCAGAUAGAGUAUGGAAAAACAGAUAGGUCAUGAUGACACUACUACUACCACUAAUCUCCACUCUGUUGAUAGUCUACUUGAUACCUCCUUUUUGACAACGGCAUGUGAUUGAAGAUGACCUACUUAAUUGAUAUUUUCUUGUUUACAACGUUUAGCAAACUUACUAUCUACCAAAAAAUUUAUUUUCGACAACAGCUUACAACCAAACUAUUUACGAGGUUUAUUUUCUCAAGAAUGGAAUCUGAAGAAAUCUGAAGUAUAGAAACAAUUAUUUUCGACAACACCUAAGCUAAAUCCAUUUAUUUUCGACAACAUUUUUGCUCUCCUUGCGAGGUACAUCAAGACUCUUGAAUAAUUGACAGUAUUAAGUUCAGGAACAGAUUCGAAGGCGAAACCGCUGUAUUUGACUGAUGCUCUAUUUGUUGACAUAACUAAGACAAUAUCGACGAAAUGUACUGUAACCUCACCUAUCCUGAUCUUUUUGAACAAUACCUCUCGUGUUCGUCAUUGCAAUGGAUACCAGAAAAUGUUUUUCAAUACCUCAUCACCUCCAGCGUUGUGUUUGUCAUUACUUAGUUACAAGAAGGAAUACCAGCAUCUUCCACAUGGAUGGAGGAAUACCAACAUCUCAAUUGAUACCACUGAGCCGCUCCACCAAGCCACUCAACAAACUAGUACCUUCAGAAAAUAACCAUGUUGCGACGAACCUCCUCAAGAAAAUGAAUGAUUGUGACUACAGGUUGAAAUGAAAUAACUUUAAUUUUUAAAACUUAUCACGACACUCACUGAAUCGAAUUUACACUCACGACAACCUUGGCGAUCCGUCAAAAGGCUCUGCUUUGUCAUAACCCUGUCAUAAUGCGAGAUCAUCUGUCAUAUGGAUAUGAGAUGGAGUCCCCUCUGUCCUAUCCUUAGGAUACAUAAGGAUUGUCUUAUACAUAGUUUCGCCCGACGGCCUCGACAUGAAAAAACGGAAGUAUUUUUGAGCUUCUGGUCGUUUCAAAGACCCGCACUUUCUUCUUGUCGUAAUACAAAGUCUGUCUGUGCUCUUCCCUGCCAUGCAGUAGAUGUCCCGGAUUUGACACUAACCUCCGAUUUCAUAUUGACCCACGAUAAAUUUUGAUUGCAUUGCUUCCUUAAAAUUGAUUCUAUUCUUGCAGGCUCCGUCGACGUUGCACAUAGCAUCCGAGCCUGAC